AUGAAUAAUUCAGUAACGAACAACAAAAGCACUCAUGCAAAGAGAAGAGCAGAUUCAAAUCCUAGCACCAAACGCCAGCAACAGAGACCUCGAUUAGACAUGAAUCAAGCACCUCGUAUACCAGUGAGAUCCACCUUGGCCAGCCGUUCAAACCAUAAUUCACCCACUACAUCUACCACUCAGCGAUUAUCCAACAUAUCUGCAUCGUCCAUUGCAUCUAGUUCGAGACUCUCCAAUGCUUCUGUCAACUCUAAUUCAAGCAGGAUCUCAGCAGCCUCUUCGCCUUCCACUAAAUCCAUGUCUGCAACAACAAAGGCAAGGAAACCAACGAUUGACAAGACAAAGAAACCGAUCCCCACUUGGGAUACAAAGGGCAGGUUGAAUCAGUUGCAAGCACAGCUUACAGAGACCAGCGAAGAAGUCAAUGAGAUUGAGAAACUACAGCAGGAUCUGGAAUCAAGCUUACAGAGCAAAGAUAGCAUGUUGAGAGAAGCCAUGCAAAAGGUCACUGAUUUAGAGCGUACCAUCCAGGAAACUGAAGACCGUCAUCAAGAUGAACUCGACAAAAUUCGAGAGAAAUUUGUAUCUAAAAACCGAGAGCUUAUCUAUUCCAACGAGAGACGUAAAAAGCAGUUUGCUGGAUUUGAGUCAGAACUGAGCAAUGCGGAAUUCGAGUAUAGACAGGCAGAGAGAGCCAUUGAAGAUGAGGAGCGAGAAAAUACAACACUCAAGACGCAGAAGCGACAAGUGGAGGGAUCGUUAGCUGAAUUGGAUGCUGCCACAAGAAACAAGCGACUAAAAAAGAAGAGCUUGAUGUCUGCAUUGACAGCAGCAGAGGAAAAAUCAGAGACACUUUCCAACCAAAUCGAAUCCAAGAGUCGAUACAUUCAUGAAUUGCAGAAAUCGUUACUAGAGAAUGAGAAAUUGCGUAGAAAGGAUCAUGACAAGUUGCAGGAACUCAAGGGCAAUAUUCGAGUAUUUUGUCGAGUGCGACCUGCUGUGAACUCCAAAACAGAACCCAACCUCAUCAAUGCGCGCUUCUUUGGCGACGAUAAUGAAAGCAUGGAACUCACAGAACAGACAUCCUCCACGCUAGGCAAGACCAUCACCAAAACACACACAUUUACAUUUGACCGCGUUUUUUCACCUGAAGCCAGCCAAAAGGAUUGUUUUGAAGAGAUAUCCCAGUUGGUACAAUCUGCGCUGGAUGGCUUCAAUGUAUGCAUCUUUGCGUAUGGACAAACAGGCAGUGGCAAAACGUUUACUAUGCAAGGCCCUACUUUUGCGACCGAGGAGACAUCGGGUAUGAUUCCACGUGCCGUACAACAAAUUUAUGAAGUCGUUCAGCAGUUGAAACAGUUUGGAUGGGAGUACAAGAUGGAAGGACAAUUCCUUGAAAUUUACAACGAGACCAUCAACGACUUAUUAGGGAAUUCAUCAAACUAUGGCAAAAUAAAGCAUGAGAUACAUCAUGAAAAGAAUGGCAAAACAAGUGUGACAGAAAUGACGUCUGUUGUGCUGGACUCGCCUUCCAAGGUCAAACUCAUGCUGAGAAAAGCAAAUCAGAAUCGAGCGACUGGAGCGACCAACAUGAAUGAAAGAUCGUCCAGAAGUCAUAGUGUGUUUACCCUGCAACUCACUGGCCACAAUGCGGCCACUGGGGAGACGACAGCAGGUAUCCUCAACUUGAUUGAUUUAGCGGGGUCAGAGAGAUUGUCCAUGUCAGGCUCUACGGGUGAUCGUUUGCGUGAAACACAAGCCAUCAACAAGAGCCUGAGUUGUCUGGGUGAUGUGAUUCAUGCGCUUAUCAACAACAAAGAAGGUGGCCAUAUUCCGUAUAGAAACUCUAAAUUGACGUGGCUGCUUCGACACUCGCUGGGUGGGAACUGCAAGACAUUGAUGUUUGUCAAUGUGUCUCCAUUGAUGGAACAUUUUGGAGAGAGUCUGUGUUCAUUGAGAUUUGCCACCAAGGUCAAUUCAUGUCAAGUAGGCACUGCAAAGAAAGUGGUUAAAUAA